AUGUCAGUUUUGUCGAUAGAAUACAACCGUAUCAUAGUAUUCAAGGAACCCAUACAAGACAGAGUUCUUCCAGAUCACGUGAUUAGAACUGAAAAGGUACUCAAUGAAGGAGGCUGCAGGGUGAAGUGUUUUUUGGAACCAAAAUGCGUGUCUAUUAACGUGGGUCCUGGAGGUGCUCAUACAAGAACAUGCGAACUUAACAAUGCCACUGACGAGAGCCCUUCACUGUCUUCGCUGAAAAAGAAGGAACAUUACAUUCACUUUGCUAUUGAGGUAUGUUAAAACUGGCUUUUGACUCGUACGUACUGAAUGAUGACGAUAACGAUUCAGGACAUACAUCUAAUAACGAUGAUGAUCAUGACGUUUUCGUUGCAUAUGAUGAUGAUGACGAUGAUGAUGGUGAUGUUGAUGAUGAUAAUGAUGAUGACCAUAUUACUAAUGCUGCUGCAGAUAAUGAUGAAUGAUGGUGACAAUAUUGAUGACAAUGAUGGUGAUGGAGGCGAUGAAGAUGAUGAUUAUGGUUUUGAUGAUGAUGAUUUUUGUUGUUGAUGAUGAUGAUGGUGAUGAUGUUGAUUUUGGCGCUGUUGUUGUUAUGGAUGCUAAUGAUGUUGAUAAUGCUGAUGAUAACAGAUGUAUCAUAAUUCUGUUCUUGGAAUUGUUAUUAAUGAUGGUGACGAUAGUUAUGAUUCUGAUGAUGAUGUUGACGAUGAGAUGUUGAAAACAGCGAUUCCAAGAAGCGAUAUAAGUGAGACGUGCUGAUAACAAUGGUAAUAUAAUAGAGAUUGUUAUAAAGGUGCUGUAGGAAUAUCUACCAAAAGUGUCACUGCAGUAGUUUAACAAUUCAGUUUUGUCGCUCCAAAAUGCUUAAGAAUAAAUGUGAUCCAACUUCUAUUUGUUUUUUAUUUAGAAACAUGUUCAAAGGUAAGGACAUCGUAGUUUCAUUUCGAAAAUACAGCAAUUUGAACUUCCUAGUUUUCACAGUGCGUGACACCAAAACAGGAAUGCUGUCUCGUUGAAAAAAGUCUCUCCUCUUGAUUUUCAGCAGUAUAACCGUUUCAAGUAUUAGAGGAUAUGUUUAUGCGCACGUAGGCUGGUUCUCGAGUGAAAAGAAAGAGCUUUUAUAGAAAAAGUGAACUCCAGAUGUUAGAGGAUAUGUUUAUGCGCACGUAGGCUGGUUCUCGAGUGAAAAGAAAGAGCUUUUAUAGAAAAAGUGAACUCCAGAUGUUUUGUUGAUUUCCGGCGGCCAUAUUGGUGGACCAAAACGGUACACUAAUAUGGCGUACCCAUACAAAGCUCUACAAAGGUGCGUGAAACGUUUCGACAAAUAACUCGGAAACUGUGGGCCAUAAAGACCUGAGACUUGGACAAAUUGUUUAUAUAUCAGUCUUUGGUAACAUUUCAUUUUCUUGGUUUCUUCCACUGGACGGUUUCCAAUUUAUUUUUUUGUUGCGUGACAGUGAAAACGAUCUAUAGACUGUGGAAACCACAUUGCGGAUUAACUUUUGUGAUGUAGUAUAUGCCGGAGAACUGGAAAAACAAAUAAUGCACAUCAAAUUUAAGGCUGCAAAUUAAUAAAACAUCUAAUGGAUUAUCUUUUUAACUCAGAACUUUUGCCAAAUUAACGAUGAUCCGUGCCCAGGAGAAAACGAGUUAUGUGAAGUUGGGUUCACAGAAAAACGCUACAGAUGUGUCUGUCGCGAUGGGUUCAUGUUUAUAAACGACAACUGUACAGGUAAUAUGCAGCAGCUAGAUGCAUAAAACAACUCAUAUUCUUCGCCAUUAACGAAGGCUUGAGAGCCAAGUUUAUAGUUCAUUGCACGCUUGUAAGUAUAGAGUAAUUUCACAUGACGUCACGACGGCCAUAUUGAUGUUCGAAAACAAUGAAACGGCGGCCAUGUUGGUAUUCCAAAAAAUUCUUCAGGGAGUUGAAUUCUUUUCUUGUAGAAACGCUUCCUUUUGCUCGCUUAAAUUUGCAUAAUUGCUGGCCACGUGCAUGAAAACCUUCAAUAGGAAGAAACCUGUUACUUUGCUUUCAUCCUCUCUCUACAAACGUAAGUAAAAGGCACCGCCGACUUUAUAAGAGGGAGCUUUAAAUAUAGCAUUUUUUUAGAUACGGACGGCAGCAUGAAGUGGUAUUUUUGUAUUCCUGGACGGUAAUUUUGUCCAGAGGUUUGGGAAAAAUCGUAUCUAUAAAAGUAAACACACUCAGCAAAACAAAUUUGGUAGGCUGACUUCCGGUUGACAUGCUUCGAUUAAAAAACGCCUUUGCUAAGGACAUCAGUGUGCAAGGAUUAACUUACUUUCAUACGGGGAGUUUACCCUUUUCUACCGUAGCCUGCGCGCGAAAUGGGUCUCUGGUCUCUGGUUCGUUUAUUUUGUGUCACUGAGAUAUUACCUUGAAUCUUAGUCUGUUAAUCAGACUCACAGAUUGGCCAUUUUGAGACUGAUUUCGCGAGAGACUGGGUCGGGGAUGUGUCGAACUGCAUUGUGGGAGCGUCUUGGGAGACGAAUUUUUACCCACACUCCUGUGCGAGCUUGCAAAAGUCAAGGGGAAACAUCACUGUUUACAAACAAUGAGUGAAACAAAAGAACCUUCCGCUUUUGUUACGAGAACUAAUGCGCUUCUGGUGGGUACAUUUAAAAUAUCAAUAGUUGACGUUAGCGUGAAUAUGGCUACAGAACGAUUAAAGAAGCGAUAGUGUCAAUUGAACGCAACAUCGAAACAAACUCUUGGGAAAAGUCCCAAGAGAGCCACUGAUACAAAUUACGAGGGAUUGACUCUUAUUUUUUGUAGAACUAAAAAACAUUGUUUUUCUACUUCAUUUUUUAUAUCGUCAUUCUUGUUCAAUGUUGACAGAUAUUGAUGAAUGCAAAAAGGAAUUGCACGACUGCAAGCUAGGUAUGCCAGGGGGCAUGACAUGCGUAAAUGAGCCUGGUUCGUUUCGUUGUGAAUGUCUCCCCGGUUUUGUUAAAGAAGGUACUAUCUGUAAAGGUCAGUAUUUUAAGGGGAAUAUUCUAACAGCUCCGAUGCCUUCUUAAGAAUAGUGACCGAGCGCGUAGGGAGAGGUUAUUAUUGAUUUUUUUAAGAAGGGCAUUAUCCGGUUUAGUGAACCUUUCUAUUGCUUUAGAACCAGCAGGUCAUUAUUGUGGCCACUAAAAUGGAACAGUGGGUUAUUAUUCCUAAUAAUGACUGUCUGUUCCACCUGUCUUCCGUGACCAGCUCCUUCGAUCCAGUUGUUGAAAAUAAUAAUAUUUUCAAAACAAUGGAAAGGUGCAUUAAACAUAUUCAAUAACCUUUUUAUCAUUCAUUAUCACUACUGGCAGACUCACAACGUUAUUACUUUCGAGAAUAAAUUUUUGGCAUCAUUUUUAGUUCCUACGCAGUUUAGAGAACGAACGGAUGUUUUGUUUUAAAAGUUACCCUCGCAGAGCGUAACCAUUAACAUGUUUUUGCGUGUUGUUUAGAUCUUGACGAAUGUGGGUCCUCCAGCUUGAACAACUGUUCACCUAACGGGAAAUGUGUGAAUGAACAUGGUUCAUUCCGUUGUGAGUGCAUUGUUAUUGGACAGUGUAAAGGUCAGUGAAUAUUACUAGAGGUCGCUAAUCAGAUUACUUGUAACAAGGCUUUGUGUAACUUGCAUCUUUCUGUUUACUGUACGUUAUUAGGGAGCUUAAGAAACCACGAUGACGGCGAAAACGACAACGUCAAAAAAAAAAAAAAUUUUAUGAGCAAAACAACAGCUUUGCACGUGCAUCACACUUUUCAGUACAUUUCUUUGACGUUUACUGCACGCGCACGACUACGACGUGAAACCCGCUAAUGUGACUUUUUAUGGAGGACGUAAACAUACGACGACGAAUUUUCCUUUCUCGUUUUGAAACUGGAUAAAGUCCUCAGGAAUUCAACUCCAGGAAAAAUUGCCUGCAUUUGACAAAUUGCGCGGGUGCAAAUAGACGCGAUAAAGUUUAAAAGGACGUAAAUUGAUUAUUUUAGCGACGUUUUCCCUGCCGUCGUCGUCUUCGCCGGUUGCGUAAGUUUUCUAUUCGGAGAUCACAAACAUUAUGAGGUGUCAGCCUUCUUCUCGCCACCUAAAUCAGCUUAAUACCUCAGAAGAAUUUGCCACAGAAAAGAAGUCUUACGAACUCGACAAAACGGUUUACCCUGUUUCUUUGAUAUUGAUCAGUUUAAUUAUAUCCCAGAAUGCCAUGAUGCUCUCGGGGUAGAAAGCGGUGCAAUCUCUGAUAGGCAAAUGAGUGCUUCUUCGCAGUUGGAUGAAAAUCACGCUGCCUCUCAGGGAAGGCUCCACGUUGAAGCUGUUUUAAGCAAAAGCGGGUCAUGGUCAGCAAAAGAUAAUAAUGUAUCUCAGUGGCUUCAAGUUGAUUUGGGUAAUCCGCACACCAAGGUCAUUGCCCUAGCAACACAAGGCAGAAAUAACUACCCUCAGUGGGUAACGAAAUACAAAGUGCAGUAUAGCGGAGAUGGCGUCAGUUUUCAAUAUCUCAUGGAGGAACAAUCCAGCACAAUAAGGGUAAGAUGGUGCCCACCGUAGACGUACACAUAUGAAAUAUUUAAGUUAAAUGUCACCUACCUACCUACCUGCCUACCUACCUAAUAUAUAGAUUUAGCCAGGGCUAAAAGCGAAGCUCUCGAUAAUAUUUAUAGUUUGAUCAAACAAAAUAUAAAAUCGUGUAAUGCUAAGCGGCGAAGGUGAAAUGGUGAAAAGGAGCAAUAGGUCUAAUCAGCAAAAAAAAGCAACUUUGCACGUGCAGCACAUUUUUUUUUGUACAUUUCUUUGCUGUUGUUUUGCACGACUACAACGCAAUACUUCCAGAAACUUUUUUAUGGAGGAAAUGUCGUUUGCGUUCUCGGUCACUUUUUUUUCACUGCUGCUCAUUUUCUCCUUACGUUGGUGGCCGCUAGCAUUUCUUAUUUUUUCACCACCGCUACAAAAUUUUCAUGUUGUUCUUCCAACAAAAAAUGUCUCCUUUGUUUUUUAUCUCACGUUCUAGAUCUCUGUCACCCUUUUUCUCGUUGAGUUUCGCUGGCCUGCCGCUUACUCUCUCUUUUUCUCUGUCUUUCUGUUGCUCUAUAUUCCAAAUUUGUGGACAUGACAAUUAAUCUAAGCUUAAUGCUUUAGACAACACGGAUACAGAUACAAUUUCCGCUUUCGGGUGGCUAUGCGAUUUCCCGCCAAAAUAACCUCGAGUCUCAUUUUGGUUGCCAUACCUGUUAGUUGAGUUAUUUUACAUUGGUAUGCCUGUGGUGCGGACAGACGGUCUCUCGGGCGGUCGGUGUACGGUCACGUGAUUACCAAUAAUUUUCUCGGCUGGUUACAUUACCACAUUUGCUUACCAAUGGUGCUCCGCUGGGCGCGCUUCGCACGCGAGAGCUCCGCUACCAGGAAAGCCAAUUGGGCUGACCGCAGUGACAUAUUUUCCCAGUGGAAAGUGUUAUCCACCGUUUGAACAACUAGUAUAGGGAGAGGGAGAGGGAAAUGAGAUAGACAAGGUGGAGCAAAGUGUCUUUUCUAAGAAAACGACGCAACGGCAAGGCUUGAAUUCCCGAGGGGAUGGGUACUUCCUAUAAUGGCCCAUACGGGGAGGCCCCGCCCAAAAGCGGCACCCUUCUUAGGUUCCAGAUCUAUAAAAGGGUAGAUAGGGAUUUCACUAGUUGAAGUAUAUGAAAGGGAAGGGAAGUCUGUUUUUGUGGUCUGUAAAAGGACCCAGAAGGGCUAAUGGAUGCACUUUAUGGUUUUGGAAAAGUCGAGGAAACUUUCUGGUUUUGUGAUUUAUACAUAUUUAAAAGCCAGUGCAUUAUUUAACAGUUAAAAGAGAUGCAAAGUGCUAAACAAGGUAUGUGAAAGGGGUACCAUUUUUCAAUAAGAAGGUAUUCGAAAAGGGUAUCCUUUCUGUCAAAAAUGGUAUGUUGAAGGGUAAAGGUAUUAGCCUCACCGUCGUAAUGUUUGUUUGUUAAUCGUCCAGCACCACGUCUCCACGCUCUUUUUGUAUUCAGUAAUUUUUAUUAAUAUUCAUUAAAAGAUGUUUUUCAGCAAUUUCGUCUUCUUUUUUUUAAAUUUUGUUAGGAGUUUGUUGGAAACACAGACCAGGACACUGUGGUCUACCACAAACUCAGUCGUGCCAUCAGGGUACGGUACAUCCGUUUUCUACCAGUAGCCUGGCACGAUCACAUAUCCAUGAGGGUGGAGAUCUAUGGGUGCAAAGGUAAAAUUUGCAAUUCACUCCGGUUAUGAAAACACUGACCAACUGUUGCUUGAGAAAACGGGGAGUGUUGCAAUAAUAACGCCCUUCCUAAUUCAUGCCCAAAACAAAAAACGCCAAUUAAAACAAAUGCAGUCAAUGCUUGCCUUGUUUUAGGCCUUAAAAAUAUAUUAACAUUCAAUUGUUUCCUCCUGAAUAGGGUCAUAAGUAACUCUCGUGGAACACACCUAUCCUAGAAAGAAAGAAGUAACCCUUAGGUGGUAGUGGGAACCACAAAAUGGAUUAGACAGUAUAGAGCUUUACAAUGUAGUACGUUGCUACUACUGUAAUACUUUAUUUUAGCUUUUCUAGCCCCUGAUGAAGACUUUUGAGUAGUCGAAAUAUUGGGCAAAUAAAUUUGUAGAUUACCAACCCUUAGCUGUCCGAUCAGCCUUGCCUUCAAUUUUAAGUGCACCUACUCUAUCAGCCAACAAAUUGUUAACGUUAUAGCCCAGUAAAAUCAUAAAUCGCCCCAUGUAAGGAAAUCUGGAUUACGGAUUCCGGGGAAUUUUUUGCUAGUGGUAUCCUGGGCUUAGGAAUCCGGAAUUACGACUCAACGAAUCCGGAAUCCCACUGACGAUUGGAAUCCCGAAUCCAAAUUCCACUGAGAAGAAUCCGGAAUCCAGUACCCGGAAUCCAAAUCCAAUCCAAAAUUUACUGUAUACGCUUUUAAUUGAUUGAUUUAGAAUGUGCAGAUGAUCUGGGAAUGGAAAACAAUCAUAUUAGCGAUAAUCAAAUCAGUGCCUCUUCGGAGCUGAGUCCCAAUCACAAAGCAAACCAAGGUAGACUUUACUAUACUGCAGACGGAGGCAAAGGGGGAACCUGGUCAGCUAAAACAACCGAUAAAAAUCAAUGGCUUCAAAUUGAUCUUGGUGGUCUGUACGCUACCGUAACAGCAGUGGCAACGCAAGGCAGACAUGACAAGGAUGAAUGGGUUACGGAAUACAUGUUGCAGUACAGUAAUGAGACUUUGAGUUUCCAGCAUUACAGAGAGCCAGGACAAACUUCGUAUGAGGUAUGAGAAAAUAAAUAAAUAUAUAAACCUUUUCUUUUUUUGCCAGGAAAGCCUGUUUAUCAUGUUUACAUGUUGUUGCGGUUUUAAUCGUCUUAACUCAUUUCCAGUUUUCAACAAAAAUGACAGUACACGGAUUUUACAUCUAACAAAGAGGCCUGGGUGGAGAUACUCAGAAGGCUCCGGAGAAUCAUAUGUUCUGCCACUUAACUAUGUGCUCAAACCCCUAACCCUCCCCGGACCCUCCCCUUUACAUACCGAGCGUUUUUAAUUCGCUUUUCUCGUUGGAAACUUCUUGAAAUUAUUCAAGAGUACAUCAUCCGUUGAGGGUCUCACAGGAUACUUCGUAAGACCCUUGAAAAUACCGGUACCCACAUUAGAAUUUUUCUUACCAUUUUCCUAUCAUUCAACUCGUGAGAUCCCUAUAGUUUUGAAAUACCUUUAGCCGGCCAGCAAAGCAUCCCUGUAUAGUCCGUUUCCGAUUGGAAACCUCCCCCCAAACCCACACGCACUACGAGUUGCCAUGCAAGUCAGGGUUAGGUCCUGAGUCAAGACGAGUGUGCGUUGUAGAGUGAAAAAUACGUACUCCUAAUAAUCUGUUUAUUUCCUCUGGUUAGAUCUUUGAAGGGAAUGGUGAUCGUGAUACCGUAGUUCUUCAUAGCUUGAGUACGCCAUUCAAGGCGCGUUACAUCCGUUUUCUUCCAACUGGUUGGCAAGGCAACAUUUCAAUGAGAGUAGAGCUUUAUGGAUGCAAAGGUAAUUUAGAAGGUACAUGUUUUCAAUUCUGAAAGCAACGGUCCAGUUCAUUUCUUUUUAGGACUGUUGUUGACAGUGACUGACGUUUCAACAACCUGUGCGGUAGUCAUCUUCAGAGUCAAAGCGAGUUGUAUCACGUCAGAACUCCUAACCGUUGUUACAGUGGAACCAUGGAAAUUUGGUCGUAUUAACGGGGUGGCCGUAUUAACGGGGUAGGGUCAAAUUAUGGUGCAAAAUACUUUUAAACUACAUUUUACUACAUGUAUACCUUAAAUCCGCUAUAAAUCAACCUUUUUGCAGUUAAUUAACAACCUUACAACCGCAAUUCAAUGCAACUGAACAAUGUAACAGUAAACGAAACCGAGUAAUGAGAAAAACAUUGACUUCUUUUAGUUCCUUGUUAUGAAAGGAAGGGGCUUGUGAAAUGUGGCGGAGGAUACGGGAUGGAAAUCCCAUGCGUUUACAAGUUUACUGGACAGCCAAGAAACGUUGAUAUGCUUAACAAAUUAUUAGACAUUCCAAAUAACCGAUCUGUGGGAAAAGAACAGGAAAUGGACUCGAAGAGAAAAGCCACAGUGGAAGGCAGCAGAAACAAGAAGGCAAGAUAACUAUGAGAGCCUUGNGAUCGUGAUACCGUAGUUCUUCAUAGCUUGAGUACGCCAUUCAAGGCGCGUUACAUCCGUUUUCUUCCAACUGGUUGGCAAGGCAACAUUUCAAUGAGAGUAGAGCUUUAUGGAUGCAAAGGUAAUUUAGAAGGUACAUGUUUUCAAUUCUGAAAGCAACGGUCCAGUUCAUUUCUUUUUAGGACUGUUGUUGACAGUGACUGACGUUUCAACAACCUGUGCGGUAGUCAUCUUCAGAGUCAAAGCGAGUUGUAUCACGUCAGAACUCCUAACCGUUGUUACAGUGGAACCAUGGAAAUUUGGUCGUAUUAACGGGGUGGCCGUAUUAACGGGGUAGGGUCAAAUUAUGGUGCAAAAUACUUUUAAACUACAUUUUACUACAUGUAUACCUUAAAUCCGCUAUAAAUCAACCUUUUUGCAGUUAAUUAACAACCUUACAACCGCAAUUCAAUGCAACUGAACAAUGUAACAGUAAACGAAACCGAGUAAUGAGAAAAACAUUGACUUCUUUUAGUUCCUUGUUAUGAAAGGAAGGGGCUUGUGAAAUGUGGCGGAGGAUACGGGAUGGAAAUCCCAUGCGUUUACAAGUUUACUGGACAGCCAAGAAACGUUGAUAUGCUUAACAAAUUAUUAGACAUUCCAAAUAACCGAUCUGUGGGAAAAGAACAGGAAAUGGACUCGAAGAGAAAAGCCACAGUGGAAGGCAGCAGAAACAAGAAGGCAAGAUAACUAUGAGAGCCUUGAAAUGCUGCAAAGUGAAGUCUUUCAGAUCUUUUGUAUUUAUUUAUUCGUGCAUCCUUUUUACUGAACACUGCAAUUCACCGGAUGUCAUGCUAAUCACUAACACCUUUGCCCAAAAACAUUCAAUAAAAUAUUAGUAAUGCGUUACUGUUUGUCAGAUUGCGUCUGUUUUCAUUCAGCUAGCCUGAGUAUCAUCUUUCGCCUUUUCCCCAGAAACGCCUGAUACUCAGGCUAUCAUUCAGCAGCCCCACCAACGUAAAACUGACCAGCAUAAUUGCCCCAUUAAAAUAUUUCUUUUAUUGCUGAGUCCUGAGGGUUUCCACCAGCAACCAGCAUUAUUGCCCCACCAGCCUAAUUGCCCCAAAUCAGAUAAGAAAAUGAGUGGACUUUUGUUCGGGCCACAAAAAAGUGGUCGUAAUAACGGGGUGGUCGUAUGGCGGGGUUCCGUCACUCUGACAUUCUUGCUAAAACUAACUCGUAGUAGAAUGAUGACAGCCUUUUCCUGGCCAAGAUGACGCUUAUUUAAGCGUGCGCACUGCUAACCUUUUGACUUUCUCCGCUAUUGGUAUACGUAAAGUCUUACACUUCAUCGUUAUUAUUAUUAUUUUAAAUUAUAGAGUUCUUAAUUAUAAUUUCAUACUGAAGAUUUUUACCGGGUAAGUAUAAGUAUAAAUGAAAUGUAUGUAUCGCACCUUGUCGGCAACUUGACUGAUUUACCAUGUGAUUUAAAAAAAUAAAAUAAAAUAAAGAAAUUCAUACCACAAAAUUGUACCUUUUUCAAUUUUUGUUUUACAUUUCCUUUCAGACUGGAAAAAGAUUAACUAUGAAUCAGUCUGCUACGAAGCUAAAAAAGACUCACAUGGAAGUUUUCGCGUCACCAAACCGGGACUCAUCCACACGUUUAAACUUGUUCACUGA